GCUCGUUCACGAAAUUUCAGGACACACCCAUAGCAACACAAACAACAGCAUCCUGUCAAAGCAGAAACGAUGAAGCAGUCGAGACAUUAGGCACACAUCAAAAUAUCUGAUAGAAUUCAACCGCACAUGUUUAUUUGCUUUGAUUUAUGAGCAACAAUGCAAGCGGACGACGCCAGAUAUUUAAAACGGAAAUAUAAGGGUGGCAGUUUAGAUGUCCACCCCACAGAAAAAGCCCUUGUUGUCCAGUAUGAAGUGGAAGCUACGAUCCUGGGGGAGAUGGGAGACCCGAUGCUAGGAGAGCGCAAGGAGUGCCAGAAGAUAAUCCGUCUGAAAAGCCUGAAUUCCAACACGGACAUUGCGUCUUUGGCACGGAAGGUAGUGGAGGAGUGUAGACUCAUUUCCCCUUCCAGACUGCCUGAGGUGGAACAGUUAUUGUUCUACCUGCAGAACCGCAAGAAAUCUGCUGAAAAGAAAGAGAAGAAACAGAUCAAGCCAAGAGACCUGACUCCUUUUGAAGGGAUGGAGCUUGAUGAGGAGGCCAAUAUUAAUAGCAUAGAUGACUAUGUUGAGCUCUUGUAUGAGGAUAUCCCUGAGAAGAUCAGAGGAGCUACCCUCAUCCUCCAUUUGGCCCGUAACCCUGACAACCUGGAGGAGUUGCUGCAGAACGAGACAGCUCUGGGCGCGCUGGCCCGGGUCCUGAGGGAAGACUGGAAGCAGAGUGUCGAUUUGGCAACCACCAUCAUCUACGUCUUCUUCUGCUUCUCCAGUUUCUCCCAGUUCCAUGGCCUGAUCACUCACUACAAGAUCGGAGUGCUGUGCAUGAGCAUAAUUGAGCAUGAGCUGAAGCGCUAUGACCUAUGGCAGGACGAACUGCUGAAGAAAAAGAAGGCUGGGGACGAUGACCCAGACAAUCAGAACCUGAAGAAGGAAUAUGAGAAAGCCCUGAAGAAGUACCAUGGAUUGCUGACCAAACAGGAACAGCUUUUGAGAGUUGCUCUGUACCUGCUGCUGAAUCUGUCUGAAGACACCCGCACAGAGCUGAAGAUGAGGAACAAGAACAUUGUCCACCUUCUGGUCAAAACUCUGGACAGAGACAGCGAGGAGCUACUGGUGCUGGUGGUGUCCUUCCUUAAGAAACUCAGUAUCUUCUUAGAAAAUAAGAAUGACAUGGCUGAGAUAGAUACAGUAGAGAAGCUGGCGAAACUGGUGCCCUGUGAACAUGAAGAUCUCCUGAACGUCACUCUGCGCCUCCUCCUCAAUCUUUCCUUUGACACGGGCCUCCGCAGCAAGAUGGUGCAGGCCGACCUUCUGCCCAAACUCACCUCACUGCUAGGAGACGAAGCACAGAGACAGAUCGCCAUGUGCAUUUUGUACCACAUCAGCAUGGACGACCGUUUCAAGUCUAUGUUUGCCUACACGGACUGCAUUCCACAGGUAAUGAAGAUGUUGUUUGAUUGUGGUGAUGAGAGGAUUGACGCUGAGCUCAUUUCCUUCUGCAUCAACCUGGCUGCCAACAAGAGGAAUGCCCAGAUCAUGUGUGAAGGCAAUGGCCUGAAGAUGCUAAUGAAGAGAGCACUGAAGCAUAAAGAUCCUCUGAUGAUGAAGAUGAUCCGAAAUAUAUCUCAGCAUGAUGGACCUUCUAAAAAUCUUUUCAUCGACUAUGUUGGAGACUUAGCGGCUCAGAUACAUACCUACCUCUCCUCCUCAAGCUUUUUAACAAUGUCUGAAAUUUCCCCAGACUGCAUUGGUGUACCUCAGAGGUUAAAGACAGGCUUGCUGCCCAGAGAGGGAUGUGACUGUCUCUCUUCCUCCAGUUCUUUGACAGACGGGUACGGACAGAUAGGUGUGACUCCAGCGCGUCCUGCCACGGCUUACGGCUUCCGGCCUGAUGAGCAGUUUUAUUACGGUUACACGGCAUCACGGUAGAAGAGUGUCAGGAAAGACCUAAAAGCUAUGAAAACCAAUUAAAUGGAUCUCAAAAAAUGCUAGUUAGGUUUCUUUACUAUUUCAAAUGAAAGCCACACUACUGAUUUUCUUCAUCAUCUAUAUCAUUAUCAGUAAUGUGUGGAUAUCUAUUCCAUUCCAUGUGAAUCUCAGUCUGAAUGUGUUUUAAGCUGAAUGUUUCUCAAUGAAGCUAUGAUUUGCAGCCUUCACUUUGAGCUAGAUCAGGUGGUUUUAACAUAAUUUAGCCUAUUGUGUAUUGCUUGUCAACACUGAAUAAUCUAGUGGCACCACAUCGCCUUUUCUGUGCAAUAUAACAAAAGUAGGAUUUUAUAGUAGGUGCAUGCUGUUU